AUGCACCUUCUCUCUGUUCUAAACACUUACGACAUAAGAUUAGGGCAAAAUAUUGGAGGAAAAUCGCUGAGCAGCCUCCAUCCAGCCUCCAUCCAGAUUCCAGCUCCAGAUAGCACCAAGGAAAAGUGUGCAGAUACCAGUGUACCACCAAGGAAAAAUGCAGCUUCAUUUCAUACAGGUUUGUCAAUUGAGUUAACAAUGUCUGCCUCUGGUUCUGGAAGAGGGAGGAAGAGGAAAAAUGUUGCGGGUAACCGAACGGAUCCUGGUUGGGAACAUGGAAUUGAAAUAGAUGCUGCAACCAAAAAGGUACAAUGCAAGUAUUGUAAUGUGACUCGAUCGGGAGGUAUAUAUAGAUUAAAACAUCAUUUAGCUUGUACUCAUCAAAAUGUUGAGCCAUGUCCUCAAGUCCCAGAAGAUGUUAGAGGAAAGUUCAUGAGUCUUUUAAGAACUCAAACAUUAGAGUCUCAAAAUAAAAAGAGAAAGAUGUUUGAUGUUGGUGAUGAUUCUGAAGAGGAGGUGGAACUAUUAGCAUAUCAUCAUCAAAACAAACAAAAACGGGUGGGUGCCAUAGAUAAAUUUGUGAUGAAGAAAUCUGGACGUCAAAAUCAAAAAACUCUCAAUCAAAUGUUUAAGAAAGAAGAGAGAGAUGAUGUUUGUCAAACCAUAGCUCGUUUUUUUUACACUAGUGCAAUUCCUUUUAAUUGUGUGAACAACCCUAUAUUUCCACUCAUGGUUAAGAAGAUUGGGGAUUAUGGAAAAGGACUUGUGCCACCAUCUUACCAUGAAAUUAGGGUGACAUUUUUAAAAAAAGAAGUGCAUGAGACACUACAAUUGGUUGAUGAGUUUAAGGAACAAUGGAAGAAGACCGGAUGUACAAUUAUGUCGGAUGGAUGGUCAGAUAGAAAGAGAAGAUCCAUAUGUAAUUUUCUUGUGAAUAGCCCUAAUGGAACUAUUUUCUUGUCAUCACUAGAUACAUCCGACAUUUCAAAAACGGGUGAAAAGGUUUUUGAGAUGUUAGAUGAGGUUGUUGAGAAGGUUGGAGAAGAAAAUGUUGUACAAGUUGUAACUGACAAUGCUUCUAAUUAUAAAUUGGCGGGACAAAUGUUAAUGGAUAAAAGAAAAGGCUUGUUUUGGACUCCUUGUGCCGCCCAUUGCAUAGAUUUGAUGUUAGAAGAUUUUGAGAAGGAAAUACAAGUUCAUCGUGUUACAAUUGGUAAAGGAAAAAAGAUUGUGGCAUACAUUUAUUCAAGAACCAAUCUUAUUCAUUAGAUGAAGGAGUUUACAAAAGACAUUGAACUUAUAAGGCCUGCGGUAACUCGGUUUGCUACCUCUUACUUGACAUUGAGACGUCUUCAUGAGCAAAAAGGUGCAUUGUUCUCUCUAUUUACAUCAAACAAGUGGAGGAAUAGUAGAUUUGCGAAGUCUGAAAAGGGGAAAAAAAUUGAAAAUAUUGUUUUGGACAAUCGAUAUUUUUGGAAGGGUGUUUCUACCUGCUUGAAGGCUGCAGUACCUCUCAUUAAGGUACUUAGGUUGGUGGAUUCAUAUGAGCAUCCGGC